AUGUCUGGCAGCAAAUUCAGCGAUGCAGGCAAGGAGAAGCUAGGCAGCCGGGGCAGCCGUGCGAGAAGAGACACGAACAACGAGAUGGACGACGAGGAAGAAGAUCGUGAACUCGAUGAGGAGUUCGUGUGUGAGGUCCCCAAGAGCCCACCUCGACUUACUGCUGCUGAGAAGGGAAAGGCGCGACCUGUCACUGAAGACAACACGAACACCGACCAAGGGUGGUCAAAGAUGCGAGGCCCUUUCUCACAGGCUGCCAAGGAGGAGGCGGCCGAGCUUGGACGCGUCACGACCGUGGAGGCCGAGCGCAUUGCUCGGAAGUAUGGAAAGCAUCCUCGCGAUGUGCUGCUGUACGCCGGGCUUGGCGUUAAAGCAUCGCGUGCGGCGAAUCCUUUCAACAAAUUCCAGCGUUGGUUCGUCCACAACCACGAAAGGCCUCAUAGCAUGACCAAGGAGGAUUGGAAUCAGAAGGCUUUGGAAGCCUACAACGAGUUCGUGGCCCAGCUCCCCGACGAUGACGAAGAAGCGCGCAAUCUGGCAUUCAAGCCCAUCCUCGAUUUCUGUGACGCCCUGGACAGGAAUCCCGCACUCAAAACACGCGUGAAGUCAGCGAACGCAAGGAUGAUGGCUGCCCGUGCCCAAUUCACGAUGCUGGCGGCCUCCUAUCACAAUCUCGAAGACAUGGAGGUCUUCGGCGCGAUCGUCUACAAGGGGACCGACGCUGCAGCAAAACAACUGUCUGUCAUUUUCGGCGGUUCGGACACUAUCAAAACGUUGAUAGAGCUCAAUCAAGUUGACGUGCGGCAGAUGCUCGACAACUUCAGUGCAUGUAUACGGGUGACUGAACUUGCCGAGGAGGGCUAUAUCCUGCCCUCCAUUGGCAGAUAUAGGUUCGGUCGAAAGCGCAAAGAGCGAGACCAGGAACAAGGCGAUGAGGACGACGAAGAGCAUGAUGAAGGCGACGAAGGUGCGAAUGAACGAGGGAAGGAGGAGGAGAAGGAGAACGAGCGUGAUAGGAAGCGCAGCAUAUUUACUGCUAUGAUGCAGCAGGCCAUCCAGAAAUAUAUUCAGAAGCGCCAG